AUGAAUGGCACAUCAACAGCACUUCUGAAUAUCAGCCACUUUUUUACCCGAACCAUAGUCCCAACUGCCACUCAAAUCGAGUCUCUUUUAUACAACUAUGCAGCCAACAAAUCUCUCACUGACAUUAAAAAGCUCCACGCCCAUGUCAUCACAUCAGGCCUCCUUACACAAUGGGAAUCACGUUACAUUCCCGCUCUCCUUUCAUCUGGGUAUGCAUUAUCAGGUCACCUCCCAUACGCGCGCCAACUGUUUGAUAAAUUGCAUCAGAGAACCAAGCGAUCAUACAACAGUAUGAUAAAGCUGUACACCGAGAAGGGAUUUCCAUAUAACGCACUUGAGAUGUUUGUGGAAAUGCUCAAGUCAGGAAGAACAAAGCCAGAUAGGCUCACAUACCCUUUUGUGGUUAAAUCUUGUGCUGAACUUUCAAUGUUGCAGUUUGGUUUAUCGGUUCAUGGUUUGAUUCUACAUAGUGGUGUUGAAUCAAACACAUUUGUGGGUAAUUCUUUGCUAGCAAUGUACAUGAGUUUUGGCAAAAAAGAUGAAGCUAAACGAGUUUUUGAUGAAAUGCAUGACAAGUGUGUGGUAUCUUGGAACACUUUGAUUAGUGGGUGUUUCAAAAACGGAUUUGCAAAUGAAUCUUUGAGUGUUUUCAAUGAAAUGAUUGAUUCAAAGAUGGAGAUUGAUAAUGCUACCAUUGUCUCGAUUCUUCCCGCUUGUGCUUAUCUGAAAGAGAUAGAUAUUGGAAGAAAGAUUCAUGAUUUAGUGAAAAAGAACAAUUUGGAUGAAAACUUAUACGUUAGAAACGCUUUAAUAGACAUGUAUGUAAAAUGUGGUGAAAUGGAAGAUGCACGAAUCGUAUUCAAUGAAACUAAUCAAAGAGAUGUAGUGACAUGGACUUCAAUGAUAAAUGGCUACAUUGUGAAUGGAGAUACAAGAACUGCUAUCUCACUUUGCCCAUUGAUGUUACAUGAAGGUGUAAACCCUAAUGCAUUAACUUUAGCUUCUCUUCUUUCAUCAUGUGCGGAUUUAAAGCAUUUAAAACAUGGUAAAACCUUUCACGCAUGGGCAAUGAAGAACAAUCUUGAUUCUGAUGUAAAUGUAGAAACCGGAUUAAUCGACAUGUAUGCAAAAUGUAUGUUUUUUACAUAUAGUUUUCGUACAUUUAACAAAACAUCAAAAACAAGAACAGCACCAUGGAACGCGAUUCUUUCCGGAAGCAUAGAAAACGGACUUUACACAGAAGCAAUAUUGUUUUUCAAAAAAAUGAGACUCGAAGGUGUGGGACCCAAUGAAGCAACUAUAAAAUGCGUUCUACCCGCAUAUGCAAUCACAACAAAUCUUAAACAAGUAACAAACCUCCAUGGGUAUCUAAUAAGAUCGGGGUUUCUUUCAAAAAGCGAUUUAGCCACCGGUUUAAUCGAUAUAUACGCGAAAUCCGGAGCUUUAGAACAAGCAUAUGUUCAAUUUACCGAAAUACCCUUGAAAGAAAGGGAUAUUGUGUUAUGGAGCGUGUUGAUAUCGGGUUAUGGGAAACACGGAAAUGGAGAGGGUGCGGUUUUGCUUUUUAAUCAAAUGGUUGAAUGUAAAGUGGAACCGAACGAGGUUAGUUUUACUUCUGUUUUACAUGCGUGUAGUCAUUCGGGUUUAGUGGAUGAGGGUUUGAGGUUGUUUAAGAUGAUGGAAGAUUACGGAAUUACCCCUCGUCCUUAUCAUUACACGUGUGUGAUUGAUCUUCUUGGUAGGGCGGGGAGGGUUGAGGAGGCAUAUGGGUUAAUUACUAAGAUGCCCGUGAGUCCGAAUUGUACGGUGUGGGGGGCGUUAUUGGGUGCAUGUACGGUCCAUGAGAAUGUGGAAUUGGGGGAAGUGGCGGCGAAGAGGCUGUUUGAGUUGGAACCGGAGAACACGGGGAAUUAUAUUUUGAUGGGGAAUAUUUAUGCGGCUGUUGGUAGGUGGGAAGAGGCGGAGAAUGUGAGAAAUAUGAUGAAUCAAAUUGGACUUAGGAAAUCACCUGCUCAUAGCUUUGUAUGA